CUUGUGUAUUUGACGUUCAUUCAAAUCUACUUAUUUUUGUGCCGUUCGUUGCCUCCAUUUUAUUCAAAAGUUCGUUGAGGUGUGUGAAUUAUUUGCAUAGCCCAAUAAAUAUUUUACAUAACUGCAUAAACCAGAAAAAUGGUAACACCGGCGAGUGUUGGCGACUUCACGAAGAUAGAAAAGAUAGGAGAAGGGACCUAUGGAGUCGUUUAUAAGGGCAAAAACAAGAAAACGGGAGAGCUUGUGGCUAUGAAGAAAAUUCGGCUUGAAAAAGAUGAUGAAGGAGUGCCAACAACAGCAAUUAGGGAAAUAUCACUGCUAAAGGAGUUGUGCCAUUCCAACAUAGUUAAACUAGAAGAUGUCAUGAUGGAUGAACAGAGACUGUACUUAAUAUUCGAGUUCUUAUCUAUGGAUCUGAAAAAGUACAUUGACAAUUUAGACACCUGCAUGGAUCCAGCAUUGGUCAAGAGCUACUUGUGGCAAAUUAAUGAAGCAAUCCUGUUUUGCCAUUCCAGAAGAGUACUGCAUCGAGAUCUGAAACCACAGAAUCUUUUAAUAUCACCUAAUGGUGUCAUCAAGGUGGCCGAUUUUGGUUUGGGCCGCGCAUUUGGCGUUCCCGUGCGAGUAUACACCCAUGAAGUGGUCACAUUGUGGUACAGAGCACCAGAAGUACUUUUAGGUUCAGCUAGAUACUCAUGUCCUGUUGAUAUAUGGUCACUGGGGUGUAUAUUUGCUGAAAUGGCCACUAGCAAGCCACUCUUCCAAGGAGAUUCUGAAAUUGACCAACUUUUCAGAAUAUUUAGAAUCCUGAGGACUCCAACUGAGCAACUAUGGCCUGGCGUCUCGAAUCUGCGCGAAUACAAGGCAAUUUUUCCACGUUGGACUCAAUACUCGUUGGCGAGUCAAGUGAAAAACUUAGAUGAGCAAGGUCUGGAUCUCCUCAAAGAGAUGUUAGUCUAUGACCCUUCUAAAAGGAUCUCAGCAAAGAGGAUUGCUGAACAUCCUUACUUCAAAGAUGUUGAUCUCCAGGUCAAACCGGUGAUACUUGAAAAGGACAAGAACUGAUAGUGAGAUGCCAUGUAUGUACUGAGGUUUCAUCCUUUUUUUCCAUGGUAAGUUUGAUGAACCAGACUGCUGGUUCAUUUCUUAUGAAUGAUGUAUUACCAGUUUUAUUUUAUGUUUAGAUUUGCAAAAAUUGUUGUUGUAUGGGGUAUGGGGUUGUAAAUGUUACAUAUGUAUUUAGUAUCAAAGACGUUCUAUCCCUUAAGAAGCUUCUGAUCCCGUUAACAACGGGAAAAUUAAAUGACAAAAGAUGCGAUCCUGCGACGCUGCAUCGUCGUGGAGGCCACUGCCGACUGUAGCAAGCGCAAUAAAUAGGUAACUAUACCCCAUUUGUACUCCAUGUACGCCCAGACAAAACACAACAUGCUCAAAAGCGAGAUUGUACAGGUCCGUAUUUUCCUCAAUGGUCUUGGAAUAAUUUAACAAAAUAAAUAAUUAUUUGUAUAGAAAGAAGUGCACAUACUUUUCACAAUUCUUUAAUCGCUGGAAGUACUUGAAUCAUCGUCCGAAUGGUUAGUAUUAAUUAUAAGUUUAGGCUAGUGGUUAGUCCAUCUAAGAAUGCUUGUCUUGCAGAUUUAAUUCUAGUCAGCCCAUACUUUAGGUUUUGUUUGUCCUGCAUUUAUCCAGGUUUCAUCCAAGUAAUAAAUCUUCCUGCCCUGGUCGCGGCAUUUCUUUAUUGAUUUUAAAUAAUUUCUACUCCAUGAAAUAAUCUCUUGACUGUCCAUCAAAAUACUAUUUCUGUCCCGUUUUCUACACUCAAAAUGAAGUUCUUUGAGUAAACUAUAGAAUGUGGUCCUUUUGGAAGUAGGUAAGUCUUCAUCACUAUUAACCUCCUGUAAUACUUUGUCUAUGGUGGGAAGUUCCUGCCUUUCAAGAAGUUGAUGGACUUUGCGUCUGAUGGCAUUUCAUUCAAAGUUAUCAACUGUAUCCAACAGCUUCGUGUGAUGCAGCCUCUUGUGUGGUGUAGACAAUUUUUUGUUUUUUUUAUAUUCUUUAACAAUGCUAAAACAUUUCUUAGGGCAUAAACCUGUUUUGUUCGCCACACGUCUUUCAAUAUUAAGAAUUUAUUGUCGACACGGAUACACCGCUACAGGGGAAUAUUUAUAUAUUUUAGGAAUAUUUGGGUAUUAAGAAUACGUACGGCUUUAGCGUUCUAGGAUGCUUUUGCAAAUUAUGACUUGAUUGUUUUUAUAUCUACACAUAUAUUUUUCUGAAUUUUAUGAUUCUUAAAUGUACCCGCCCAUUUCGCCUAACAUUUAAUGUGUGUUACUCAGUAUAUGAUGGUUUCGGAAUAUUUCGUAAAGUAGAUUGACUACUUAUUAUGCAUUGAUAUAUAUAUAACACACUCAGAAAGACAAACUGACAUAAAUGUGAAACAGCAACAGAAGACUUGCAAACUGAAGUUUGAAUAUUAUCCUGAGCUCAAUACUCAAUACUUACAUUUUUUAGGUUUAGGUAGUCGUAGAUUUUGAAAAUUUUACAAGCUGUAUGUGGUAACUGAUGUGCGUCAGUGAAAGACCUUCUAUUAUUAAAAAGCUGUUAAUCCCGGUAAUAUUAUGCACCUGUUAGACAUAAUGAUUCACACAUGUUUUCCGUACACCUGCCAUGAAAACAAAUAUGUUUAUAUAAUUUGAUAUGUAGAGGUCGAAGAUUUAUCGUACCUAAAUGAACCUACCUAAUCACGAUUAGAUUCCGCCUUUUGAAGCGACUUGACUAAUCCCUUUUCUUUGAAACCUCCAAGGGGGCCUUAGGAAGUAUAGAGUCAAUCUCAUUGAUGCCAUUUAUUGUUAACAUGAUUCUAUUUUUAAUUCAAGGUCAAAUAAAGAACGGUGGCGUGCCAUCUAUUGUUUGGACGUAAAACCUAACUCAACUACAAAACGCUUUCUUUCUAGAUUUUAGGGAUACUUAUUAUCGGACUCGCGCAUAUUCCACUACAUUAGUUGUUAUCUUCAGGUAGAAUACGUUAAUCAAUGCUUGAAUUGCAUGUUAGUGUGGAACAAAUCUUGAAACUGAAUUUUGUCCGGUCAACCAGUCGAGCUGAGACUUUAUAUACACGUUUGGUUCGCGUGACAAUAGACAAUGGAUCAACUCCCGCCGUUUUGAAUCCAAUAUCGAUAACAAAUGAAGAGGCUUGAUGAGGGAAUCACAAUAAGCAAAGUGACGUCAUUCUAAAUCCAAUGUGGCGACCCUGCAAAAUGGCUGUUAACAUUUUUCAUAGCCACCCUACGAUAUUGGUAUCAAAUGAAAGGGCUUAAUGAAAUAAACACAUUAAGCAAAGGAAUAUCAUUUUAAAUCUAAUAUGGCGACCGCCGCUAAAUAGCGAUUUAUAAUUGCCAUCAAAUGCAACGGCUUGAUGAGAGAAACACGAUAAGCAAAUAAAUCAUUGUAAAUUCCAUAUGGCUAUCGCCGCAAAAUAUCGAUUUAUCAUUAUAUGAUUUAAAUUUUAUAAUACAGAUAAAGUAAGAAUAUAAGAGUAAAACACAGUAAGCAACGUAACGACAUUAUGGAUUCCAUAUGGUGGUCACCGUAAAAUAUCGAUUUAUUGUAUGAUUUAUAUUUAUGGAAAUUCUAUAAUACAAAUACGACGAAGUUUUAUUAAGCUGUUAAUAAAACGAUUAAAAAAUAUUUAUUUCAGAUUGGAAACAUUUAGACGAUAAUUAAGCUCUUUAUCUCAGGUUUUCAAAUAAAACCGUGUUACGUUCCAACAGCAAGAUGGAAAAAGGGUGUAACACACUUUCAUUUUAAAACCUGAAUUGAAGUUGCUCCUUUGCCCCUUUAAAUAUUUCCAAUCGUAAAAAAAUAUUUUCAAAUUUUUAGACCGUUUUAUUAACAGCUAAAUAAAAGCUUGUUUGUAAAAAUACAUUUUUUAUUUUAUGUUUUUAUUUCGUCUAGAGCGACAAAAAUGUUUCAACCAAAGUUCCGUCCAACUUUAUUGUUUAGUUAUAAGCCACCAAACAGUUUUGUUUUACACUACCGUCAAUUGGACAUUUUUUCUUUCGUCUAUACGAAAAAUGUCCUAAAUGGUCAGAAUAUUCUGUUGUACGCCGAUUUUUAGAUUCGUUUUGAAGUAUCAUAAAGACAGAAGUACAAUAUCAUGCAUGUUACUGUAGAAUGAAAAAAAAAAUGAUGUCGAACUGGUGAUGAAUGAUAUCAAAAAUGAAAAAACUAUCAAGGAGUUUUUUAAUUUUUUGGCACGUUCUUUCAAAAUUGCUCUUGAAACUUGUGUAUUUUCGAGGCAACAUAAGUUUUACGUUUCCCACGUAUUUUGUUACCUUGGAAUGAAAUAUUUGUCGAUACUGUACCUGAUGUUUCUCAAAUGAGAACGAUGUUGAAGAGCAACCUUAUCAGUAGCCAUUUUGCUUUCAAUUAUCGGUUCAUUAUUUGUUGAAACAUCAAAGAGUUGAAUGGAUUUAGUUAACCAAUAAAAAUCGUUCAACUAAAAUCGACUGGUUUGACACUGUUUCGGAUUUUUAUUCAGGAGCGUUUCCAUCAAUCAGUAUCAAAGGAAAAACUUAUUUUUAAAUAUUUGACAGAAUAAUCCCCGAAUGUUUCCUUAUAUGUCAACACCAUGUAUAGAUAUUUUUUAAUUUCAGAUGUUUUCACUAGAGAUGGAAUGUUUGCUACUACACAAAAAAUUAAGGACAUCUUGUGAUUGUUUUA